UUGGUCGAUAUUGGCACGUGUAAGGUAUUCAUGAGAGAGAAAGGUUUAACGUAUACAGACUCCCUAAUUAUCUUAAUUUUUGAAAUUGAUUUUUCAUAGUUAGCCUCUUUAUUCAAUGCCCAAUUUCGGCACUGGCGAUCAAUUCAACCGCAGCACUUACGAAACUGAACUUGCGUUUAUCUACAAUGAUGGCGCAGACACCUCAACCGUUCAGGUCAAAUUUUCCAAUGUAGUUGGGAUGACACCGUACAUUCUAGAUGCGUGGACAGGAAUCGUAUCUCCUGUAUUACACUACAGCCUUAACGGCACAAGUAUUAUCAUGCCGAUCACACUUGCGCCGAACCAGACCACCAUCAUUGCCUUCGGAACCUCAGCCAACUCUUCAUUACCACCAUCUCCAACGGCUAUUGUGACGUCUAUCUCAGAUAGUGUCAUAGAUCUAAGCUAUUCCUUUUCAAACACAAGUCAGGUUCUAUUAGCGUACCUCUCAGGCGAGAAACCGGCAUCUAUCACCCUCUCUACAGGCGAGACACGCUAUUUCAAUACAACAGAACCACCCGAGGCCUCCAAUCUGACCACCUGGGAUAUCAGUAUCCAAGAUUGGCAUGCUGCCGAUGACAUAUAUAGCAUGGAAACAGUUAUUGAUACGUAUACAUACAACAGCAGUAGUCUGGCAACCUGGGUGGAUAUUGAUCCUGUGGUCCUAACAAACAUCAGCGGAAUAGGCCAAUACGCGACUCAAUUUACAACACCAGUAUUCGUCGGGAGCACUGGUUAUCUUGGCGCUCGACUGCACCUUGGGCCUGUCAGUGACUCUGUGCGGGUAUGGGUAAAUGGAGCCCGUCUUCUACCUGUGGAAGCUAUAGGGGGAGUUUCUGAUGUCGUCAUUAAUAUACCAACCGCCUAUAUGGUGGCUAGCGGAGGAGUCCAAGCGAAUGAGCUGCGAAUAGAGGUCGCUACAACGCUGUACAAUCGCAUUCGCGCCGACAUGGACACCGUCAUGACAUUAGGUCGACCCGUGACGUAUACCAAUGCCGCCUACUUCGAAGCGAAUUCUGCAAAGAGUUACGGUUUGGUGGGGCCCGUUUGGAUCGAGUGGCUGGAAGUGGUCGAGGUUUUAUAGGGCUGUUUCAUACUGUGAGCUUAUGGAAAGCCAAUAUUGACUUUGAAUUGAAUAACACUCUGGAUAUAAAGAUCCAAGAUGGUGUACAUACACUUAGAC